CUAGGCUAGACAGUAGACACACAAAAAUUUUGUGUUUUACAGUCCUCGGUUAAUCCCUGUGCAGAAGUAACGAUGAAUUCACACUGUGUGGGUGAAAGUGAUGGACUGAUCUUCUGUCUGGCCAGACCAGAAGAUUACGAUGACGUCAUGGCAAUAUCACAAGACAUAUAUGGUGGCAAUGACUACCUUCCACAUCGCUAUCACUCCUGGAUGACUGAGCCAGGAAGAGUGGUUAUUAUAGCACGGAGAGAUAGGAAGCUGGUGGCGCUAGAGUCAGGCCUGGUGGUUGAUGGAGGUGAAACAGUGAUAGUUGAGGGAUUAAGAGUGUGUCCAAAUGAAAGGGGCUGUGGCCUGGCUGGAGUGAUCCAGACAUUUGUUGAUGGCUACAUAAAGAAGGUCUAUCCCAAUGUGAAGACCAAACGCCUCACUAGAGGAGAUGACCCAGGGCCCGAUAAACUGUCCAAGUUCACACUGCUGGCCAGACGGGCUGUUCUCUCUCUGUUGGGGAAUUCUGAGGGUUUUGAUAGCUUUGUCUCAGGUCUGAAGGAAAAACUGCUUGCGUCAGAUGGGUCCAACAGCCAUCCUUUAGUGUCAGUAAAGGACUUGGAUGCUCUCAAGGCCCUUCUCUUGGAUUCAGACCUGUCUUCCAGACUUCAGCUUCCAGGGAAUGCUAUCAUCCAGGACUGGCAGCCCUUGAAACUCAUGGAGAGUAACCUUCACGUCUUGGCAAGGCGAAACUUGACAUGGUUUGUAGAUGGUUCUAGUGCGAAACCUCUGUUCAUGAGCCUCCACACACCUCUCUAUCCUAUUCCAUUUAAUGGAGGGUCUCUACGUUUUAAUAUCGACCUGUACGGGACAGACACUUCUUUAGCAAAGAAGGCAUUAACAGCUCACCUGGAUAGUGUGAUAAGUGAGAUUCAAGGAGUAGUUGUGGUUCAUAUUUAUAUGCAUCAGACUCUAUGGGACGAUUUAAAGCAGUUUUGUGAUGGCCAUGACACAGUGAAGCAGCUCAGGGAUUACUGGCAGCAGCUGUUAUUGGAAAGAGAGUUCUAAUGAUAUCUAAAGACAA